GGGAUUCUGAUGAUGAGCUAACCCCCACAUCUAUCAAGUAUCUCGAUUAUCAUAACAACACUACUCUCAAGUUUGACAAUGAAGCAUUGCGCAAAGUAAGACGGAAAUCAGAUAUUGACCACAAACAAAACCCCUACAAGAAUAAAGGAAAUGGUAGAUAUGCAACAUCCCUACCAAAGUCAAACGAGAAUAAAUCACUCAAUAAAAUUUACCCUAUCAAUCCAGAGAGUAACCAGGGGGUAGCCUUUAAGUAUAAGGAGACUGUGAGAAAAAAAUCAGAGCGAGAACAUAUGGUAGGCGGCGAUUGUCUUUGUUGUCGUGAUUUCUGGAAUUCCGUUGGUCAAGACACUGCGCAGGAGCAUAAAAACAGAUCAUCAAAGCACCGCUCACAUUGGCCUCGACCAAAAACGCCGCCAGGAUAUUGGGAUGUCGAUUUCCCAUCUACCCAGAAAAUAGCACUGAAUAAAGAGCAAGCAAGGCAGAUGCAUAAGGAGAAAAGGGAAUGGGCGGCUGCUGAAGCGAACAAAGAUAAUGGGAGACAUCUAAGGAGGAAAUCAUCAUAG